AUGGGUAGCCAAGGUUUUAAUAGUCAAACAAAUGGGCCAAGAUUGGGCAUCACAGAGCCAAUAUCUUUGGGGGGGCCAAGCGAGUAUGAUGUAACAAAGACCAAUGAGCUUGAAAAGUUCUUGGCUGAUGCUGGACUGUAUGAGAGUCAGGAAGAGGCCAUAAGCAGGGAAGAGGUUUUGGGACGGCUGGAUCAGAUUGUGAAAAUCUGGGUGAAAAAAGUUAGCCGGGCCAGGGGGUUAAAUGAACAGCUGGUACAGGAAGCUAAUGCCAAAAUUUUCACCUUUGGGUCCUACCGUCUUGGGGUGCAUGGUCCUGGUGCUGAUAUCGACACACUCUGUGUUGGACCCAGACAUGCAUCACGGGAUGAAGAUUUCUUUGGUGAGCUUAAAAAAAUGCUCUCAGAUAUGCCUGAUGUCACAGAAUUGCAUCCUGUACCUGAGGCUCAUGUUCCUGUGAUGAAAUUCAAGUUGAACGGUGUUUCCAUAGAUCUUCUCUAUGCAAAACUUUCACUUUGGGUCAUACCUGAAGAUUUGGAUAUUUCUCAGGACUCAAUACUGCAAAAUGCAGACGAACAGACGGUUCGGAGUCUUAAUGGAUGCAGAGUUACUGACCAGAUCCUGCGCUUAGUGCCUAAUAUUCAGAGUUUUCGCACGACAUUAAGAUGCAUGAGGUUUUGGGCCAAGCGAAGGGGCGUUUAUUCAAAUGUUGCAGGAUUCCUAGGUGGCAUAAACUGGGCUUUGCUGGUUGCACGGAUCUGCCAGCUGUACCCUAACGCCCUACCGAAUAUGCUGGUUUCUCGGUUCUUCAGGGUGUACACUCAAUGGCGAUGGCCAAAUCCAGUAAUGCUUUGUGCUAUUGAAGAAGGAUCACUUGGAUUGCAGAUUUGGGAUCCUAGAAGAAACCACAAAGACAAAUACCACUUGAUGCCAAUCAUCACUCCAGCUUAUCCUAGCAUGAACUCCAGCUACAAUGUGUCUUCAAGCACUUUACGUAUAAUGACGGAAGAAUUUAAAAGAGGCCACGAUAUUUGUGAGGCGAUGGAGUUGAACAAUGGUGGUUGGGUUGAACUUUUUGAACCGUAUCGUUUCUUUGAAGCAUACAGGAAUUAUCUCCAGAUAGAUAUAGGUGCGGAUAAUGAUGAAGAUAUGAGGAACUGGAAAGGCUGGGUGGAAUCUCGCGUGCGCUACCUCAUACUAAAGAUCGAGAGGGACACGUUCAAAAUGCUGCAGUGCCACCCACAUCCAGGGGACUUCUCAGACGGGUCAAAUCCUUACCGCUGCAGUUACUUUUUAGGUCUUCAAAGGAAAGAAGGCGUUCCUGUGAAUGAAGCCAAGAAGUUUGAUAUUCGGUUGACAGUCGAUGAAUUUAAAGCAAAUGUUGGUUCAUAUUCAUCCUGGAAGCCCGGAAUGGAGAUAAAUGUAACACAUAUAAAGCGUCGUGACAUUCCCGCUUUCGUUUUUCCUGGUGGUGUUCGACCUGCCAGACCCCCUUCUGCAACUACAAGACGCCCUCCUACUUCAGAAACACACACCACCACCACCACUACCAACACCAGUAGUGGUGUUGGUAUGAUUGAUAGGGAAGAUGAUGCAAGGAAACGGAAGCGGGAGGAUGAUGACAUGGAAGCUUCUACCAAGUUGCUCAUAGAUGAAGGCAGCGGAUUUACUACUGCCAAUGCUACUCUUGGUCCAUCUACUGCUACUGCUACUGAGACUAAUCACGUAGUGGGUCUGUUGACCUCUAAAGAAGCAGAGGCCGAGAAGAUUGCGAUUGAGAAGUUGAUGUCUGAUCCGUAUCAGACUUCCCCACAACAACCACCACCACCACCACCACCACAACUUGAGGAGUUAGAGGAGCUUGAUGAUAAUUGUCACAUGGAAAUGGAAUCUUCAACUUCAACCAAUAAGGAAUUCGCUGUUCCUGUCACAAUCAGCAAUGCAACAGGCGCCUCUUCCAGUCUGCAGUUGAAUGGGAGCUUAGAAGAGCUUGAGGCCCCUGAACUUGUUGUGCCCUUGCCGACUGCAUCUCAUGCUACACCUGCUUCACAGAAAAAGCCAAUUAUCAGGUUCAGUUUUACCUCGUUGGCCAAGGCUACUGGCAACAGCACUUGAAACUUUUACUGUCUUCAUUUGAUGAUGAUAUCAUGUAAUCCCCUACCCAUAAAGUAUAUCUACUUUUAUGUUCUGUUUGUUGUAUAGUGGUCAGUGGUAAAUUCUUGAGAUCAAGUAACGAAUGUUUCUGUCAUUUGGAUUCCCGUGUUCAUGUUUAAUAAGAACCUCAACCUCAAGUAUGAGAUUAUAUAUUAUAUUAUAUUUUUUUUCCUGGCUA